UCCAAAUAAAAGAGAAGUUGUACAUAAUAUUCUUCUUUUCUUUGCAUUUAUAAUUGCAGUUGAUUGAACUGCUUUCUGUCCGUGCUCCUUCUCCUGAUGUGAAACUGAAGCUACUCAAGGAAAUUGCUGAAGAGCAUGGGCUAGAUUGGGAUCCAGCUGCCUCUGAAACUGAGUUUUUCAAGCCACAUGAAGACUUGCUGAAUGGCCCAACACAGUUUGUCAGUGGAUCUAAAUUGCCUCUUCCCAAGGAGAAACAUGAUGAAUCGUUGCACUCUGCCAGUGAACAAACACCCAAGGAAGAGGAUUCUGAUUCUGAUGCUGGCUUCUUCGACCCAUUAGAUUUUCCUGAAGUUCCCAAGGCAACAUCACAGCCAAGAGUGGAUGCCGUCUCCCCCCCUGCCAUGUUCCCACCUUCUCCAUCUGCUCCUCACCCUCAAGUUAAUUAUGAAGCACUGAGACAUUCUGAAGUUAAUGAAAAUCUAUUACGUCAACCACAUCCACAACCUCAGGAAGCAGCGGAAGAAAGAACAGUGGCUGACCAAAAUGAAUCGCCUGAUGUUUCAGUCAAAGCUAUGGAAGAUAAACAGUUUGUGCCAUUCAUUUCUCGCCCGAUAUUGGCUUCUGCAUCAUUUUCAGCAAGGCAAAAUAAUCCACCUCCACCUCCCAGUCUCUCAAGAACCAAAACUGAGGCCGAUAUUGAUUUGCAGGAUGUAUUGGCUGCUGCUCAGGUGGCUGCAGAAAGUGCUGAACGGGCUGCUGCAGCAGCCCGCUCAGCAGCUAGCCUUGCACAGGUCAGAAUUGCUGAAAUCAUGAAGAGAAAUGAUCAGGUCCUUGAUAGUAGCUGUGAGAAUCCAUUCCAUAUUGAUACAUCUGAUCAAUCACCUACAACAGAAAAGCCACAUGUCGAUCAUCACAACUCUCUGGGUGAUUCUGAUGGUGUUUCAAAUCCCUUGGAUGCUCAUCAAGACCCUGAGAAUUACCAGGCAUCAGAGGCAUUGAAUCUUCCUUCAUACGACAGAGACAAGGUGGGGAUUGAUUCCUCACCAUCCGAUGAUCAUGUGAUUGAAGACAAGCCUGCUAAUCACCAACCUCAGAGAUUGCCCUCCAUGGACGACGACUCAUAUUUUUCGUACCCAAACUUAUUCACCUCACAGGGAUCAAAUCUUGGAUCUGGUGUUCAUUCGUUCACAGAUACUUCCCGAUCCACUCAUGAGCACUGAAUCUGAACAACUUGCCAACAAGAUGUUUGCUCAUCUGUUUUUUAAGCUCUUGCUGGUGAGUGGAUUUUAUGUUAUUAGGCUUGUAUGAAGUGCCUUCAUGGUUCUUUCUUUCCUGUAAAGUAGUGCAGCUAUCAGACAUUUCGGAAGCAUAAUUUGUUUAUUAUUGGCUUCCUUGGUGGAAUGCAGCAUAGAGAAAAAAAUACUACCUGUGUGGUAGGGAAGCCAUCCCGGGUUUUUUUUUUACAUCAUUAUGUGCUAGUUAACUUGUAGGAAUAUUUGUGUAAAAACCUUGAUGCUUUGCUGGAAAUAAAGGUUACUUUACCUAUGUUGGAGCCUA